AAACAAAAUUGUCUAUUCGCCAUCAAAAUGGCGUCAUCGAAGGAAACCUAUUGUUUGUGUGGUCAACCAUAUAAUAUUGGACAAUUUAUGAUAGAAUGUGACUGCUGCCGCGAAUGGUUUCACGGGAGCUGUGUUGAUGUGAAGAUAUAUCACUCUGACGAUAUUGACAAGUACCAUUGCCCAAAAUGUGCUCAAACCUACGGGCCUUCUGUGUUAAAGAUACCAACAAACAACCACCGGGCAGACAGAUACGAGAUUGGGGCAGAGACCCGGCCCUCCCAAGCUGGCACUCCGGCCUGGGUGAGAGCCCUGGCCGCCCGCCCUCUGCGCCCCACUGCCGCUGCCUUGCAGCAGAUGAGACCGCAACACUUCACGGAGGAAUUAGUUAGAGAUAAUGGAUUCACUAGGCCUGUGAUAUUCAACACCAUGGAAGGUUUAGACAUGAAGAUACCAAAUGCAGCCACUUUCAAUGUGCGCUCUGUGCUCAGGUACUGCGGGGCGCAGAUGGAGGUGGAAGUGAUAGAUGUCCGCAAGCAGUCGACUCUGCGCAUGCCGCUUGCAGACUAUGUGGACUACUUCGAGACUCCCCCGGACCACAGAGAUGAGAAGGUGUUGAACGUGCUCAGCUUGGAGUUCACUGAUACCAACAUGUGCAGUCUAGUGGAUCCGCCCGGCAUCGCUCGUCGGCUGGACUGGGCGCAGACCGUGUGGCCGUCCAGCGGGGAGCCGGCUCGGCCCGCCGUACAGCGCUACUGUCUCAUGUCUGCGCGCUCCUCCUACACUGACUUCCACGUGGACUUCGGCGGCACCACCGUGUGGUACCACGUGCUGCAUGGACGGAAGAUAUUCUACCUGAUCCCGCCUACCACGACAAAUCUGGCUCUGUACCAGCAGUGGAGCGCGGCCAACAACCAGACAGAGAGGUUCUUUGGUGAUAUGGUGGAGUGGUACGGCACGGCGGAGCUGUGCGCGGGCGAGACGCUGUUCAUCCCGACGGGCUGGAUCCACGCCGUGUACACGCCGUGCGACUCGCUGGUGUUCGGCGGCAACCUGCUGCACUCCUACGCCAUCGAGAUGCAGCUGCAGAUCUACGAGAUCGAGGGCAGAGUGGAGACGCCGAUAAUGUUCAGAUACCCUCUGUUCGAGGCGCUGCACUGGUACGCGGCCGCGCAGCUGCUCACUACCCUCCGCAGGCACAAUGAGGAGACGCAGGACGAAGACUUCACAAUAAGUGAGAGCUGCGUGUCGACGCCGCCGGCCGAGCUGCCGCCGCUCCUGCUGCGAGGGAUCAAGAUACUUGCCAACGCGCUAAAGGAGUGGCAUGCACUCAAAAGUACGGAUUCAUCGAAACGUGAUAACGUACCAAAGUGUUUGAACUCUGGUCAACUCGUCCGGGAGCUUUGCAAGGAGUUGCGAACUCUGGAGAAAAGAAGCUCUAGCAAUAAAGAUAAGGAAUCCAAAGGCAAGAACAGCUCACCGAAUAAAUCUCAUAGUAAAAAGCAAGCGACACCAAAAAAAUCCCUCAAACUGACACUACCCAAACCGAUAAUGCACAUGCAGCCAAACGGUGACUACGAUGACAAAGUUUACGCUGACAAAUUCUACGUAGACAAUAAAGAGGUAUUCCCAGAGAGAUACAUACACGACGUUAAAUAUGUGACUAGUGAUAUUAAAUAUGUGAACAAUGGUGUUAAAUAUGUAGAAAGUGGUGUUAAAUAUGUAGACAAUGUUAAAUAUGUUGACACUGAUGUGAAAGUUGUGACUGACGAUGUUAAAUUUGUGAAUGGUGUACCUGAUGUGAAAUAUGGUUUAGAAAAGGAUUUUUCUGAAAAAUACGCUUACCAGAACUAUGAGGAAGUGCCUUAUCAAGAUGGUAACGGAUAUGUGGAGAGGCAGGAUAAGAAGGCUGGCCUGAAGAUUAAAUUAAACAACUCUCCAUCAUCAUCCCGUGAAGAACCACCACCAUACAGUCUUCCGGAGCAUUCCAUCCUCAAGUCACAUCUAAUACGGACAGAGCGAACACUCAAGCCCAUUCAGCAGUGGACGAUAUCCAAGAAGGACAUUGGUGACUACCACGAGGAGCAGAUCCUGUUCACCAAUGAGAACCUGCAGACUAACUUGAGGGUAGAGGGGGCUGAGAUGAACUAUGGUGCAGGGAUGUACUCAGCGGAGGACAUGCAGCAAGAGUACCAGUACGCGGACACGGCGCGCGCGGGCUACCAGCCGAUCUACCAGCAGCCCGAGCUGGCCUACAGCGAGCCGGCCUACCAGCGGUACCCUGACCACCAGGUGGAGCAUCAGCAGGCGGCGAGCUACAGCGGCAGCGCGGCGCCGUACGCGCACACGCAGCUGCCGUCCUACGACGCGGCCGUCGCGCACCACUACCAGACCACCAGCUACGUAGUGGAGGAACAGAAGCCGGUGGUGCCGCCGCCCCCGGCGCCCGCCAGUGCCAGUCCCCUGCCCGUGCGGCGCUCGGAGCGGCCCGUGCGGCGCCGCGUGUCCAGCACGUACGAGUACGAGGACGCCGACCUGUACAUAGACGAGGCGCCGCCGCCCGCGCGACGCCGCCCGCCCAAGCCGCGCCACCAGCGACACCAUGCGCACCGGAACGCAGCGUCCAACAGCGGCGCGUACCGCCAGCAACAGCCGGCGCAGCCGCCGCCGCCGGCGCGCCCGGCGCCCGCCAACGGCAUCGAGUCACUCAUCCAGGCGUCUGUCUUGGCCGAAGAUCAGCCCGUCAAUGACACCGAGGACGCGGCAGUGGCUGGCAUGCUGAGCAUCGGCGAGCAGCGCUACGAGGUGCAGCCGCGCACCUUCGGCCUCGCCAUCGACCCGCCGCUGCGGCCCGCCUCCCCCGCCUCACCCGCGCGGAUUGAAAGCAGUAGUAGCGGCGGUCGGUCGCGCGCGCGCAAGUCGUCCGGAGUUGUGGACGAGGACGAGUACGACGAGGAGGACGUCAUCAAAGAGGUGCAUCGAGACGAGGAGUAUGUGUACCCGUCGUUGGAGAUGAGCUCUGAUGAAGACGAGGACUGGACGGUGAGGAGGAGGCGAGCGCCGCGCAGCAGAACUGACAGCAAGAGUAAAACUGAGAAGGACGAGUCGUGGUCGCCGCGCGCGCGGCUGGGGCGCGUGGUGCCGCGGCUGCGCGGGCCGGCGCGCUCGGCCGUGCGCCGCGAGUGCGUGCGCGCCGCGCUGCACGCCGCCGCCGUCAGCAGCGCGCACGACAAGCACGACAAGCACGACAAGCACCAUCCGCAGAGUGCGAAGCGUGCGGUGCUGGCGACGAAGAGCAAGCGACCGCCGCCGCCGGUGCACACGCCGGCUGCCAGCAAGAAUCUAAGACUGAAAAAGGGUAUGAAGACGGCGAAACAGCGUCUCGGCAAAAUCCUCAAAAUACACAAAAUGAUAUAUUAGUUUAAUUAAUUAAUUAGUUAGUGGUAACAUAGUUAAUUGUAUAUGUAGUACACAGCACCAGCGCCUGACUUAUGUCCCAAUGUGACCCUAAACUUUAGGACUAUUUUAAUGUUUUUUUUAUAUUAUUAGUGUAUCUGCCUUAUAAAGUUCUGUAAUACAAAAAUAUUAAAAUCACGAUUAAAAAUAUUGAUAAUAAUUGAUAAUUUUGUCAGUGACUACUUUUUUAUUAUUAUUAACUUAUAACAGUUUUUUUUAAUAAGUUUACUUUUAUAAUAAUAAUAACUGACCUCAUUUGAAAAUACCCUCAAAAUAAACAUAAAUAUGAAGUAUUUUACUUUUUUCGAUUUGCAAAUAAAUAUUUGACAUUUAAUUUGACAUGUAUUUAAUUUAAUUUAAUAUUUUGUGUAAAAUAAACAAUCGGUAGACAUUUGAUAGUAAUAUUUUUGAUUAUAAAACUAGCAGACUAUCUCGCGACUUCGUCCGCGUAAAAUACAGUUUUUCACAAAUCUCAAAAACCAUGUAUUAUUCUGAUUUAAAAAAAAAGCAACCUAUAUGUUGCUUAGUAAUGUAUCUUCCAGUGAAAGUCCCAUUAAAGCCUUUCCAAACAAUAAUCCAGACAGACAGACAGACAAAAAUUUUAAAUAAACUUAUUUGUGUUUUGGUGUCGUGUAAAUAACUAUAAUCUCUUUAAAGCAUACAGAUAGACAGUAUGUGUAAUCGUGAUAAUUAAUAUUACAAACAUAAAGAUUUAGCGGCCUUUAUAAACAUGGAUUAAGAUUUAAACCUCAACUUUCUUCAAAUUAAAGUGCACCUAAUUACUACUGUUUAAAGUUCACUUUACUUUGAAGAAAAUUUAUUUAAAUUUUAAUCCAGGUUUAUAAAUAUGGCCGUGUUUAGUCUUAUAGCUUAACAGCCAUAUUUAUGAACAUGGAUUAGAAUUUAAACCUCAACUUUCUUCAAAGUAAAGUGCACCUAAUUACUAACUGUUUAAAGUUCACUUUACUUUGAAGAAUUUUUUUUUGAUUUAUGUGUAUAAAUAUAACCUUUUGUGCAUUGAUUUUGAUUAUGAAACAUUUUAUUCAUUGAUUAUGAAACACGGCUAAAACCCACGUUAUUGCAGCGUCGCAGUUUGGAUUGUGCCGCGUUGCAAGAACCAGCUCAUGACUAAGGGCCUCACGUGAGUUUUAGCCGUGUUUCAUAAUCAAUUAAUAUGAAUAACUUUCGCGAUAGUUUAAAUUCUUUUAUAUAUAUAGUCCUAAAUAGUAGGGUCAGACACCAGGCACAACAAUAAGAUGUAUAUUUUAUAUAUUGAUAUGUAUUUAGAUCACGGACCAAUGUGUGUUGUAGACCCACUGUAUAUUCCGAGAUAACUUUUACGCCUCAGAUAAAUGAAAAAAUCAUGAAUUUAUAUUUAUUGUAAUGAAUAGUGAGAUUCCGAGUAGGUUUCUAUGAGUUUUUUUUUUUGAGCUUGGAAUUAAUUUCGUAAGGCCAUACACACAGCUCGAGCAGCUAUUGACAUAUACGAAAUUUUGAUUCUAUGUAAAAAUGUCAUCCGGUGCUUAGUCCACCGAAGCGGAGCGAGGCAGCGGAGCUGAGAAACGGAGAAAUAUUAACCAAUAGGAUUGCAUCCGCUCCUCUUAAGUGGACAGGGGCUUGCGAGCUAGUUUAAAAAUUCAUAUAAAACCGGUAAGCGAAGCGUUAACAUUUAACUUCAUAGUAUAUUUGAACGCUUUGUUAUCGUCCGUUAAAAACUCUCGUGCGAAUGAGGGCCUGCGAAAGCCAGACUUGCGUCUGCGAUAGUUUGUCGGUAAAUGCUCUUAACUUAGGUGUGUUUGGUUUUCAAUUAUGAAGUUUCCACUGUUGGCUUUGAAAGUGGAUAACAGGUUUUAAGAGUCCGGACACUACAAAAUAUUUAUUAUCGAAUUUGUUUUUAAUAUUUUCUCUGAUUAAAACGAGAAAUAAUGUCCCCAUUCGGUUAAGUUUGAGGCAAACUUCGUUAAAGGUUAAACGAAAAACAUCGUUAAAGAUUAAAUUUUAAGCUAAGCUUCUGGCUAUUGGAGUCAUGGUUCCUCAUGAUCUUGAUAAUUUAGUAGAAAACAUCAAAAUAAUAUUUAUACUGAAUAUUUGAGGAUCUAGACCCUUAAAACCUGUCACUUUCCAAAACCGCCAUGGUGCAAAGUCCAUAAUUGCCUACCGUACUUAUCUAUGGUAUAGACAGUGGCGUGCACCUCAUACAUGCAUCAAAGUACUGCAUACCCUAAAAGAUGUUUUUCUUAAUACUAUGCAUGUUGCAAUGCAAAUAUGCAGAUUUUCCCAGUUUGGUUAAUUUUUCUUACUAAUGCAUACCCUGAUCGACAACCUUAUGCACGCCAGUGGGUAUAGAGUAAUAAUGUUGUAUCAAAAUUAGAGAAAUGCCGGGACAAACAAACAUUUAUGUGAACUAUGCUUAAGUUAAGCUUCUCCCAAAAAAAACUUUACGUACAUUUGUAUAUUUUGUUUGAUACUUUCUAUAGAUUUUUAUAUACAGCGUGUUCUAUUUUACUGGGACAGUAUGGGAAAAACAGAGACUAUAUGAAAUAUAGAGGAACGUUUAAAAUUUAUUUUGGUGCAGUUUUCGGUUUAAUUACACAUGUAUGAAAAACUUGUAUUUUACUUUUAAACAAAUUUUUCUUUUUUUUUGCUGAUGAUGUCAUCACAGUAAUUUUUUUUUUUUUGAUAUAUUUUUAAAAUCAAAAUAUUUUUUUUUAAUUUCCUAUAGUUUCCGAUCUUCUCAUAGUCUCUGAAAUUAAUCACUGUAUACGUUAUUAUGCAUAAUUUGUGUAACUUUCAAUGUAUCAAAGAAUCAAAGAUCUGACAUAUUGUAUUUACGAUUAAUUUAACAUUGUAUCCAUAACAUUAGUGCUAUGUAUGUUUGUGUGCUGCUUUUUAACUUGACAUUUGUAACUUUGCGUUUCAUGUUGGUCGCACACUGCCACGAGAAACGCACAAAUCAUCAUUCAGUACUAUUUUUGUGAUUUUGAAAAUUACUUCAUAUUCUAACAAAAAUAACAAUGUUCUUUAUUUGCUCUAUAUAUUUGUGUAAUUUGUUCGAUUUUUUAUAUAUGUAACAUCUUUCAUCUCGCUUUCCUGUGAUUUAGUAAAAAAAGUGUUCGUACUUACGGAGGACAGUUUUUGAUGUAGUAGUAAAGUGACAACACAUACGCAUUUUUGUGUUUAUAAUGAACGGAGCACAACAGAAACCGCUAACUAAAACAUCGUUACUUAGCAACCAUUCACUUGCUGAGGAAAAUUUAUUUAAUAUUGUGAAUACAUUGGAUGAUCUUUCAGUUUCACACAAUCGUCCAAAACAAUUGUACCAAAAGCAAAAACGUCUUCCGGUAGUACAAAAUCUGUAAUAUUAAGCCCGAAAACGCGAGAAGUAUGAUUAGAGUACCUUAUUUAGACCAUAAGCAACGCGUGGUGUUGGCAGUCAGACGGUAUCAACACAUUUUAAAAGGUUAAUUUAGUCUGCGCCCAUUUAAGAGUCCGUUUUAAACACGAUGCGUACGACUGCGCAGUGUGCGAAAACAUACCCCCCCAGACUGUGUGUUGCAACUUGUCAGAUCGGACUAGAAAUUUGGCGCAUACUAUAUUAAGGUGAUAUGUUAGAUGUUAUAUAUCAUAUGCAAUAAUAGGAAAACUCUUGCUCUAUUCUAGCUUAUUACAAUAAUAAAGAUAUAUUAAAGAACCGGUACUAAACACCAAAUAGUGAAAAUAUGUAAGCACUAUUCCUUCCUAAAUAUAUAUUUUUACUUUGUAAGUAAAAACGUCUAGGAAUGAAUCUAGAUGACAAGAAAUGAAUCGGGUCAUUUGUCUACUUAACAUAUUUUGUAUUGACGUAAAAAAAAUAUAAUAAUAGAUAUUUAAAAAAAAAGACAAAAAAUAUGUAUUUUCGUAAAUCGCUAACUCACCACCGACUUGAUGUAUGUUUUUUUUUAAUAAUAAAUAAAAGAUAAACAUUAGUAGAAUUUAGUUUUGUAAUUUAAUAAUUAGUGUUUAAAUUUUACUAUUCAGCAUCGAUUUGGUGUUUUACGUAAAUAAUGUCGCAUUUUGUUAAUUGUUAAUUUUGAAAAUAAAUAUAGUUUAAAUUGAUUAGAAAACAAAAUGAUUUGCACUAUUUGAACACGCUAUAUACAGGGUAUUUCUUAUUUCAGAUAAAUGUUUUUUUUUUAUUAUAUACAGGUAUAAAUAUUUUUUUUUUGUAUUUAGGCCUCAACACAUGUGUGUAACAUAUACGAGUAAACACAAGUAUUGUAUAGUAUAUGAAUGAACGUGUGAUGACAUUUUUGGUCAUAUUAAAUGCUCCUAAAGUGCAUCUUAAUUGUGCUAUUAAUAGACAUUAAACAGUGUGUAAAUGUUUUGAGGUGCCACGUAAAAAUAUUUUUUAAUAAUAAUUCAUAUUGAAAUAGAAGAACCAAAAAAAUUUGGAAGAAUGAAAAAGAAACAGCCUGUAUACAUAGUUUUUGUCAGUAAUAUGAAAAGACAAGACAAAAAUGACUUUUCAAAAAAAAAUUAUGAUAAUUUCUUCUUUCUUUCAUUGCUUCACACGUCUUAUAUAAUUAAGCUAAAUCUCGACGCACUUAAUGCUCGUCAUGUUAUGCUUUACGAAGUUUCUUCGUCGAACAUGUUUGCGCGUGUGGAUCCGGCUUAAUACAAAAAAUGGGUGCUGUCUAUUAUAAUUUGAUACAGAAAAAUUCGUUGUUAUUAAUAAAAUAAUAGUUUUUAAGAGUUUUUUUUACUGUUAUUUUUUGUUUUAAGUAAAAACUAGUGACAGAUACAAAUUUUGUUUAUCGCUACAAAUUAUUAUAAAUAAAAUUAAACAAAAAAAUAAACAUGAAUUGAAAAUGUA